AUGAUGAUGGUUAACUUGGGUAAUCAUAUUGAAACCCCUGACAGCAAAAUGUCUCAGCGUUUGAAACUUUCAUUGCACAAACAUCGUAAACAAGAGCAAGAACUACGUGUGAUAAGCAAUCCGUUACUUCAUCAACGAUCACUCGUUCUUCAAGAAGAUGAUUACCAAGCGCCAUUAACUGCACAUACACUAGCACCGAAUUCCAAAUGGAUUAUUGUUCGAAAUAAUAUACAUCAGAUUCGCAGUUGGGGUGGAAUCAGUACAUCGCAUAUCGAACAACAAUUUCGCGACUGGUACAUACUCAUUCAGAUGCGACGAGAAUUACGACGUGCUAAAAAUCAAAUUAGAGAAAUAGAACAAUCGGAUUUUACUCCUAUUCGUGUUUUUUAUCUACCAAUUAAUCCUACAUCUUCUCGAAAGUAUAACGUAACACAUUUACGAUCGUCGGACACGUUAUACCAUCCGAGUUUUGGUGCAGAACCUGUUGUAUUACAAGCGCUACUUUAUUAUUUCUCGAAAAAUUGCCGUGUACCAUAUAAUAGUUUGUUUCGGCCAUUUUUAUCUGAUAUUUGCGCAAUCAUCUAUCAGAGUCGGCAACAUCUCAAUCGUGCAGCCGUUUUUCGUAAAGUUGCAUUAGUUAUUGCUGUAAUUGUCUUUAUCAUUCUCGGUCUGAUGUUAUGCACAUUGAUAGUUAGCGUAUUUACUUCAACAUCGAAAAUUAUGGACUUGUAUAGAGAUGAUUCCGAUGGUGGACCAGAAUGGCGAGCACCGGAAGUAAAUGCCGAGCAAAGUUUCAGUUUUUUAUAA